UGACUUCUGCUAAUUCUUGCUAAUCCUUAGCAGUUAGCUAGCCAGCUUAAGGCCAAGUUAGCUUCAGCUAACAGACUAGCUAAUUCAAACGCAUGGCGAUUAAACUGUGUUCCUGCCUUUGUAGUUACAUUUUCUUUUUUCCAUGUCUUAAAUAUGUAAUCUGCUAAUUUAUUAGUACGCAAUAAUUAGUACGCAUAUUGCGGGAUCAUUUCAGGUAACACUUUUUAUGGUGGCUUUACGUCAGUAGCUCUUCCUGGACGUCGAAGUUCGUCAAAGUUGAUAGACGUUUACCUGUGUACAAAGUGUCAUUCGCUAAAACAUCGACAAUGACAACACUUGUCGUGGUUCCUAAACGCGUGUACCUGAAAUGAGACUUUCCACAGGUCUGUAAGCAUAAGAUUUGGCAAAGAUAUGGACUCUCCAGAUAAAAGUCCCAGUCCUGCACAGAGAAAACACAGCGGACCUUCAGAGGACGAAUCUAGCCCUAAUGCAGAGAAGCCCCAACAGGAGAGUUCGACUGAGAAAAGCCCCAAGGAAAGGUCAUCCCCUCAGGCCAGUCCUGCGGUCCACAGCCCCUCUGGAAGCUCUUCCUCCAGCAGCUCUGGUGGCAGUGACAGUAGUGAUGAGGACGAGCAUCAAGGGGCACUGAGGAAGAUUCGAAGCAGCGUGGCUCAGAUCAAAAGGUCCACGUCCAAGGAGCAAGAUCGAGCCAGAUCCACAGAGAAAGACAGAUCUAGAUCCAUGGGAGAAAAUAGUUCCAGGUCCAGAUCCAGAGAAAGAGAUGAUUCUGUAGGAAGAGACAGAUCCAGGUCCAGGGGAAGAGACAGGUCCCAAGACAGAGACAGAUCCAGAGGACGAGACAGAUCAAGAUCUAGAGAGAGAAUGAGGUCAAGGUCCAGGGGGCGAGACAGAUCCAGGUCCAGAGGACGGGACAGAUCCAGAGAGAGAGACUGGGAGCGCUAUGACAGAGGACGCUAUGUUAGAGAUCGCUAUGAUGAUCGCUUUGACAGACGCAAUUGGGAUGCAGAGUCAGAUUACAGGAGGCGAGGCCGCACUGCUUCGUCUCCAGCUGAUAGGGAACCAGCUGCAGCUGAUGAGCCACCAGUCAAAAAGAAGAAGGAGGAGCUUGACCCGAUCCUUACGAGAACCGGAGGAGCCUACAUCCCUCCUGCCAAACUACGUAUGAUGCAGCAGCAAAUCUCUGACAAGAGCAGCCUGGCCUAUCAGAGAAUGAGCUGGGAGGCUCUGAAGAAGUCCAUCAACGGUUUGAUUAACAAAGUCAACGUGUCCAACAUUGUGAACAUCAUCCAGGAGCUGCUGCAGGAGAACAUCGUCAGGGGCAGGGGUUUGCUGUCUCGCUCAGUGCUUCAGGCUCAAGCAGCUUCUCCAAUCUUCACUCAUGUCUAUGCUGCUGUUGUUGCUAUCAUCAACUCCAAGUUCCCUCAGAUUGGAGAACUGAUCCUCAAACGUCUCAUUCUCAACUUCAGGAGGAGCUAUCGCCGCAACCUCAAGCUACAGUGCCUGACAGCCUCAAAGUUUGUGGCUCAUCUCAUCAACCAGAAUGUGGCCCAUGAGGUUCUGUGUCUGGAGAUGCUUACUCUGCUGCUGGAGCGACCGACUGAUGACAGUGUGGAGGUCGCCAUCGCCUUCUUAAAGGAGUGUGGACUCAAACUGACAGAGGUCUCCCCUCGAGGAAUCAAUGCCAUUUUUGAGCGUCUCCGGAACAUCCUCCAUGAGUCAGCUAUUGACAAAAGGGUCCAGUACAUGAUUGAGGUAAUGUUUGCUAUAAGGAAGGACGGCUUCAAAGAUCAUCCAGUGAUCCCAGAGGGAUUGGACCUAGUGGAUGAGGAAGACCAGUUUACCCACAUGCUACCUCUGGAGGACGAGUACAACACAGAGGAUGUCCUCAAUGUGUUUAAGAUGGACCCUGACUUCCUGGAGAAUGAGGAGAAAUACAAAACCAUUAAGAGAGAUAUCCUGGAUGAGGGCAGCAGCGAUUCAGGGGAGGAUGGAGACGGCAGCGACGAAGAUGAAGAGGAGGAACAAGAGAACGAAGAAGAGGCAGAUGAUGAGAAAGUCACCAUCUUUGAUAAGACAGAAGUCAAUCUGGUUGCUUUCAGAAGGACCAUCUACCUUGCUAUACAGUCCAGUUUGGACUUUGAGGAGUGUGCUCAUAAGCUGAUCAAGAUGGACUUUCCUGAGAGCCAGACGAAGGAGCUGUGCAACAUGAUCCUGGACUGCUGCGCUCAACAGAGAACCUAUGAGAAAUUCUUCGGGCUCCUUGCUGGGAGGUUUUGUCUGCUGAAAAAGGAGUACAUGGAGAGUUUUGAGGGGAUUUUCGCGGAGCAGUAUGAAACAAUCCACAGACUAGAGACCAACAAACUGAGGAACGUGGCCCGACUCUUUGCUCACCUGCUCUAUACAGACUCUGUCCCCUGGAGUGUGUUGGAGUGCAUCAGGAUGAGUGAGGAGACCACAACCUCAUCCAGUCGGAUCUUUGUCAAGAUCCUGUUCCAGGAGCUCUGUGCCUACAUGGGGCUCCCCAAACUCAAUCAGAGGCUCAAAGACCAGACUCUGCAGUCGUUCUUCGAAGGUCUGUUUCCUCGCGAUAAUCCCAGAAACACUCGCUUUGCCAUCAACUUCUUCACCUCUAUUGGACUAGGAGGACUGACGGAUGAGCUGAGGGAGCAUUUGAAGAAUGCUCCGAAGAUGAUCAUGACUCAGAACCAGGAAGUGGAAUCUUCCGACUCGUCCUCCUCAUCCUCAUCUUCGUCUGACUCCUCUUCAUCAGAUUCCUCCAGCGACUCGGAUUCAGACUCCUCAGACUCUUCCUCCAGCAGCAGCAGCUCAGAUUCCGAUACCAAACACAGGAAGAGGAAGAAGAGGAAAGAUGAAAGUGAGGAAAAGAAGAAGCGAGGGAAGGACAAGGACAAACACUCUGACAAGAAGCAAGCCAGACGAAAGAAACACGAUGAUGACAGUGAUGACGCGAAGCAGGCGAGGAAGGAAGGAAAGGGCCGUACGCGUGAGGUGGAGGGUCGCGAGCGUGCACGUGAGGGCGCCCGUCGAAGCAGACGAGACGAAAGAACAGACGAGGAGGAACAGGACGAGGAGAGGAGACGAAAAACGGACGCUCAAGGCAGACAAAGGGACGGAGAGAGGGAACGAGACAGAGGGAGGGACAGAGACAGGGAGCGAGUGAGGGAGAGAGAGAACGAGGAGAAGAGGGACAGGGAGACGCACAGGGAGAGAGAGAGGGAGAGAGAGAACGAGGAAAAGAGGGACAGGGAGACGCACAGGGAGCGAGAGAGGAAUAAAGAGAACAGAGACCGGAACAGGGAGAGAGAGGACAGGAGGAGGAGAUAGGAGUGCAGAGGUCGAAGUGAUGGACUGACAGCCUGGAGAAUCUUUCCCUUCAUUCAUUCAUUCAUUCAUUCAUUCAUUCAUUAAUUCAUGUCUUCGUUACCUCAUCCUGUCACUGUGGUGUCUGGAUUUCGGGACCCCUGUCUCCUUCGCUACGGUUUCUCGCUCUGUAUUUUCUAUUGUUAUAUGACCUAUGUUGUGAAUGAAACGAGAACAAAAAACAAUUAAAGUUACUUUCGAUGUUUUUAA